UACCAAAUUACAAAGGCUCAUUCUGCAGAAGUGGACGCCCUGCCAAUCUAGCAGCUGAUAUAAUGUGCUGUGAUGAUUUAGCGAGCUCAGAAAGAAUGAAACCAUCAAUAAAAUGACAGGCUGGGUACAUUUCAAAGCAGCUGGUCAGAUCUCAUGGAAUUUCUUGGCUGCUACAUGUUCAGUCUGACAGAAAGACAUGGGGGCAAAUCCAUGAUCACCUUGAGUAUUUCACUGGAUGCCUCAGGAGAGCAGAUGGGAAUAGUGACCAGUGGAUAAGUCUGUCACAGGGUUUGAGAAGUCUGGCUCUCUCCAUGUCCCUGUCACUCGGGAGACAUCCUGCUUUCUGCGUGGCAGUAAGGGAGGGGACUGCGGGUCCGAGUGAUCUUCCUGUACAAACAGCAAGAACAGGAGCGGUGGGAAGUGUCAUGUGCGAGGAAUGUGUGGAAUGAGGGUGAUUUCAAGGGUUCCCAGGCUCAGAUAACUCCAACAGAAAGACCCACACCCUAUUUCAGAGUCAAGCUGCUGGUCAGAAGGAUCGCAUUUAAUAAUCACUGGUGAGGCAAAGGAGGAGGGGAUCAGACAAAGGAGGAAGGGAUAUUGCAGCAGUUGGGUUUCUUGGAGGAUAUAGAGAUGAACAAAACAGCAGGCAAAGCGUGAGUCCCACUCCUGUGCUGUUCAUCCAAAUUAACAGGACUUCAAAGACCUGCUGCUAAGAUGGAGCUGCUGAAGGGACUGCCAUUGCGCCGCACUUUCCUGGCUGUCAUCCUGAACCUGCUGGCUCUCACCCUCUCCACCACAGCCUUGCUGGGCAGCUACUGGUGCACCGGGACGCAGAAAGUACCCAAGCCUUUGUGUGGGAAGACCAAAGCCCCUCAGUGCAUCGGUGUCCCCAUUCCAUCUGAAGGAGAUCCAAGCAACAUUUCAUCUGAGGACUCAGUGCACUACAGCUGGGAGACUGGAGAUGACCGCUUUGCCUUCAGAUACUUCCACACAGGGAUGUGGCUUUCCUGUGAAGAGAGCUUGGAAGGGACAGAAGAGAAAUGCCGCAGCUUUAUUGAGCUUUCACCACCAGCAGAGAGAGGAAUCCUGUGGCUGUCUCUGGGUUCAGAGAUGCUGUACAUCAGCUUGCUGCUCAUCAGCUUCAUCCUCAUGAUGGUGGAAAUUCUGCAUACUGGCAAUCCUGUCUGUGGGAUGAAGCUCAAUGCCUUUGCUGCUGUCUCCUCAGUGCUGUCAGGUCUCCUUGGGAUGGUGGCACACAUGAUGUACAGUCAAGUCUUCCAGGCAACAGUUAAUCUGGGACCAGAGGACUGGAGACCGCACACGUGGGACUAUGGCUGGGCAUUCUACAUGGCCUGGGCCUCCUUUACCUGCUGCAUGGCCUCUGCUGUCACCACUCUCAAUAACUACACCAAGACGAUACUGGAGUUCAAAAGGAACCACAUCAAGGGAUACGAUGACAGCCUCAAGGAGAACCCUCAGCACCAUCAGUGCUUCAUACAGCAAAUAAGCAGCUACUAUGAGCCCAAAGGCAAGGCCUUCCAUUCAGUCUCUGAGGGAGUCGACUUCUACACUGAUCUGCAGCAGAAAAUACUACAGCGGGAACCAGAGCUGGACCUGGAUGAAGUCUUGGGCCAGACAAUCGGGGAGGAUCGCUGUUAGGGAUGAGUGUACAAGGACAGAACAGGUUUGGGAGGCACAAGAGCUCUGAACCAAGCACUGGCACCACUGCCAGCAGGUUUUGAGGAGCUCUUCCUGUCUCUUCAGGGAGUGAGGAGGCAGGCACUGGGUCAGGCCAACUAGAGUAGAAGUUUGGGGGUCCUCCCUGGUCAUAUACAGUGUGAUGGGUGCCCUCAUCUGACAAAGGUGAAACUGAAGGGACAUGCUGUGCCAGCUGUCUCCAAGCACUUUCAGAGAGGAGUCAGAUGUCCUAUCCCAGUAUUGCACUUGGGAACAGACCACCAUCCAGAUGGCAAAUUGCACUGGUGGUAUCACACUGACCUUCCAUCAACACCUCCAUUGAGUGCUAUGGUGAAGGCAAUCAGUGUUCAUACUGAUCAGCUGUCACCCACUCUGAAUACGCUGUCUGGUCUUAAUUUCUAAGCCCAAACUCUUCUUCCUGCCCCCAGAUUAAAAGUCCUGCAGCAGUAGGAAUAGGGGGUAGCUUUCAGACAUCUGUCUCCUCCUCUUCCCGAUCUGUAAUGACUCCCACAUGUCCCUUUCUUGCUUUCUGCCCAAAAAUCUCCCAUUCUGAGGUACUUUGCUGUCUGGGUCUUUUUACUGUUUCUUUGCAACCUUUAAGAAUUUGGCAGGACUUUUGCUUUUUACGUUUGUUACUUCUAUUCAUCUGUUCCUUUUUGUCCAUUGUAAAAGUACUGCAAACAACCCCUGAAUCAAAACCCCAAGCAAACUCAUAAUCUCUCAAAGGUGAAACACUGGUUCACAUGACACAUGAUGCUGUACACAGUAUUUAUUUUGCUUCACUGCAGUUCAAAUACAUUUUUCCAACAAUA